AUUCCACUAAGCACUCACGACAAUCACGUUCACGACCACGAUCUUUCCGUUCCACUUAGCCUAGAGCGUUAUAAUCGUAAACCCAAGUGGAAUUGAUUAUGAAGCGUUUUAAGCAUUGAAAUAAAUAUUAAGGAACGGCAAAACAGAAAAAAUAAAGGGAAAGCUUUGAGAGGUUACAUUAUAAUUUUGCUAACAUGAAUUCAGAGAAAAAAAUCUCAUUUGGCUUCAACAAAUUGUCUAAGAAACCACCAGCAAUUAAUAAACCUCAAGAAAAAACGGUUGACUAUAUAGUCUGUCUAGAAGAGCAAUCUAUAAAAUUGAAGCAUGAACCAAAGGAAAUCACAAAAACACCUUUGGUUAUACCCUUGAAGGAUAAUCAAAAGGACCUUUUGGACAGAGUAAGAGAUAUAAAAGGAAAGCAAAUAAAUGUGUCGAAAGCUGUAAAUGAGGAAGUGGAAGAUACAAGGCCUGAUUCAGAAUUAACAAUAGAAGAAUUGGCCACAAGAGAAGUAAUAAGAGAUGCCAAAUUGAAAUUACAACAGACUGAUUCAAAACAUAAAACAUUUGUUGUUCCUAUGAAAAAUGAAAAUGAACUUCCAUUAGAUGGUGAAAGAGAAUCAACAUUAACUGAUUAUGAAAAUGUACCUGUCAAUGACUUUGGUCUAGCAAUGUUGCGUGGAAUGGGCUGGAAAGAAGGAAUUGGUAUUGGAAAAAAUCCUUUAAAAGCUGCAGUAAUGCAAGCACCAGAACUGAGACCCAAAGGUUUAGGUUUGGGUGCUAACCCAGCUAGUUCAGAUCAGCAUCAACCUGUCUGUGAUAAAGAAGGUAAAGUUUUGAUUCUAAAAAGAGGGAGCUAUGCAAAAGUAGUGGCUGGAAGUAAAAAGGGAACUUAUUGUGAGGUUCAAGGUUUAGAUGAUGAAGCAGGACGAGUGAUAGUUAAAACUUCUCUUAAAAGUGAGAUUUUGACUUUCAAUGAAUUUAUGCUGGUACCAGUUACAAAAGAAGAAUAUUCCAAGAAUUCCAAAGUGAUAAAUAGUGCAAAAUUUGAGGAAUAUAAGGAAACUGAAAAAGUAAAAAUUGAAGCACAAAUAAAAUCAGAGAAAAAUGACGGAUACUUUCAGAAAUAUGAAGAAAGCAAUAAGGUUAGUAGGAAAGAACCAAACAGAGAAAGAAAUAAUGAUAAGUCUCAAGUAAAAACAGAGAGGUAUUAUUCAAGUGAUGAAGUAUAUUCAGACGAUUCCAAAAGUAGAAAUAAAUUGGAAAGCAAAUCUAAGAAAUAUAAUAACUCCUCAGAUUCUGAUAGCGAUGAUAGAAGAUCCAAAAGAAUCCAUAAAAGAAAAGACAAGAGGAGGCAUAGGGAUAAGAGUCGGUCUCCUAACAGGACAAAACAUAAAAGUGGUAGAAAAUCAUCAAAAAAUAAACAAAGACAUAGGUCAUCUUCAGAAUCUGACUAUGAAAGAAAAAAAUCUAAAUCAAGAAAUAGAAAUAGUAGUGAUAGUGAUAGUGAUGACGAUCGAUACAAAAGAAAAAAUAAGAGAUAACUUUCAGCUGUUGCACAACUAAUUCUCAUUAUAUAUACUUAAAUAAAUAAAUUUUAAAAUAU